CGCACCCUGAGGGUGUGUGUGUGUGACUUGAGGGGUGUGUGAUGGAGGGGUGGCCUCUAAGCAGCUCUCCCAACCUCAUAUAAACCAAUGCACACACACACACCCACCCACAUCCAAAAGUUCUCACACACUCUACCGCCGAGUACAGAACAGGCAGAGAUGGAUCUUCUGAAAGGAUCAGGGAAACAGGUGGAUGCGGUCAUCGACAAAGCAGCUGGUGUGGUGAAGGGGAAGGUGGGAGAUAUGAUCGGAGGAGGAACGAAGGAACCAAAGAAAGAUCAAGGUAUUGGUGAAAUGGUGACUGAUGCGGUGAAAGGGGUAGCAGCCAAUGCAGCCAAGGACAGUGCUGCAGACAAGGCCAAGUCUUUCGGAAAGAGCCUUUUGAAAUAAUCCCCCGACCUGGACUAUACCAUGUCCCCACUCCCCCGCCAUCCCUACAUGGACUCUACCAUCUCUCCACUCACCCCUGAAGAGUUCUCUGGAUACCUCAACCACAAACCUUCCUUCCCCUCAACCAACCCCAUACACUGUACUGUAACUGAGAUCUGUAUAAAGUUAAUAGGACAUGAAUAAACAUGAAUAAAACACCUAUCAUCUUUCA